AUUUUGUUUCUAACGUUUUUGUGACUACUUAGUUGACAUAUAUUUUUAAUUUUUGCCCAUACAAACUCAAGAUAAUUCGGCCACCUAUUUGAUAUUGUGGUGCGGUCUGGGUCUCAGGAAGUCUCUCUUCGAAGCUGCAGCCAUGAGCAUGCUCAGGCUCCAGAAGCGCUUGGCGUCCAGCGUCCUGCGCUGUGGCAAGAAAAAGGUGUGGCUGGACCCCAACGAGACCAAUGAGAUUGCCAAUGCAAACUCACGCCAGCAGAUUCGAAAACUGGUGAAGGAUGGAUUGAUCAUCAGGAAACCUGUAACGGUCCAUUCCCGCGCUCGCUGCCGCAAGAACACGCUGGCACGCCGCAAAGGACGUCACAUGGGUGUUGGUAAGAGGAAGGGUACGGCCAACGCUCGUAUGCCACAGAAGCUGUCGUGGAUGCGCCGCAUGCGAAUCCUGCGUCGUCUUCUUCGUCGUUACAGGGAGUCCAAGAAAAUUGACAGGCACAUGUACCACAGUCUCUACCUUAAGGCCAAGGGUAACGUCUUCAAAAACAAGCGCAUCCUUAUGGAGCACAUCCACAAACUGAAGGCAGACAAGGCUCGCAAGAAGCUUCUAGCUGACCAGGCUGAAGCUCGCCGUUCCAAGACAAAGGAGGCCCGCAAGCGCAGAGAAGAGCGUCUUCUGGCCAAGAAAGAAGAGAUCAUCAAGACCUUGUCAAAGGAGGAGGAAACUGCAAAGAAGUAAAUCCGGACCUAUAUUAUCUCCUCAGAUUCCCUUUUCUAAUGUUAAUAAAUUUGGACGAAAGAGA